AUGGGCAAUUCUCAGACCAAGGAAGCACGUGGACAGGGUGCAUCUGACUCAAGAGUCAGUGGAAGUGCAAGCCCUGUUUCACGGCAAGAUACACAAUCCAAUGCCUCAGAGUUAACCGCCAGACCCACGCAGUCCUCUCGCCAGCAACGACGAGGCAGCCGACCUGAUUUCUCUUUCCUCGGAAUUGGCGGAACCGCUGAUCAAGAUGCCUCCUCACUCGAAGUCAGGCGGGAGAACAAACAAGAGAGAGAAGCGAGAAAGGCCGAGAAAGAGCGUACUUCCAGGCUCAAAGAGCGCGAGCGCAGUAUGAAGGAAGAACAUGUCGAUGGCGGCUAUCUCGUUACCCAAGGAGUAUAUGUUGGUAACGAAGAUUUCAACAAAGGAAUCGUUCGCCAAUUGACCAUUGAGCGCAGAUUGGCACCUUUUUGGAGAGGUCUCAAUGAUUUUUCCGACUCUUGGGCUGAGCAUCAGCUUAUGGCCGCUGCACGUGGAAUGGCCAUACCUCCGGCUGAUGAGGUGCCUCCCGAGCUAGAGUACCGCCUCGCCAAAAGGACUACAUCGGACAACAACAAGGACAAAUCUAUCCAACACCUCACCAUCCCUAUAGGACCCCGGUCCCAGUCUUUUCAGUCCGACAGUAGUUCAGUACCCGUCUCUCCAGUCCCGAACUCUCUACCACUACCCACGCUGUCCACACCGCCCCCUUCCAGCUCUCCAAGCACCAACAUCUUCAGGACUCGAGCUAAGACAUUGGCUUCCUUGACCACCUCCUCUCGCAGUAAUUCUCAGGCUGAUAUGACUCCGCGGGAAUUCCAGCUACCCCCAGAUCCUUUUGUCAAUGGACAGCCAAUCGAGGUCUAUUUGUACAAGGACGCGACAGAAUGCCCAAUCUGCUUCCUGUACUAUCCCCCCUAUCUAAACACUACCAGAUGUUGUGAGCAGGCAAUCUGCUCAGAAUGUUUUGUCCAGAUCAAGCGCCCUGAUCCACAUCCACCUGAGCAUGAACAGCCAGAUCCGAAUGCCCCUCCCGUCUCCGAAGCUGAAAGGGAAGCCCAAGCUGAAGGACUCCUGGUCUCGGAAGUCGCGACAUGUCCAUAUUGCAAAACACCUGAGUUCGGCAUCACUUACACACCACCACCCUUCCGCCGCGGGCUUACUUAUGGCACUGGGUCUCAACCGUAUCAAGUCAUGUCUGCAAGGUCAUCCCAAACCUCGAUAUCAUCAGGUACUCUCUCACCAGGGUCUGGGCGGAGGAGAGGCACUUCCUUGUCUGCCAAUGCACCGGAAGUGAUUACAACAGACAAGAUUCGUCCCGACUGGGCAACAAAAUUAGCCGCCGCUCGAGCACAUGCGGCUCGACGCGCUGCUGCAGCUACAGCUUUGCACACAGCAGCGUAUUUGAUGAAUGGACAAAACAACGUUGAGCCAAGAACCUUCUCAACCUUUUCCCGACGAAACAUGCUUCGUCGCACUACCAUAGAGGGCACGGAGUCUAGCCCAAACCCAAGUUUGAGUGCUCUUGCUCUACUUGCGGAAAGACAUGCAUCACGUCAGCAAGAGGCAGCUCCUAGCGAGGCAAGAGCGAAUCCUUUCCUGCCUCCAUCUCGUGGUAGUAGUUCGCGAAGGAGCCGCAUGGACGACCUGGAAGAUAUGAUGAUGAUGGAAGCCAUUCGGUUGAGUCUCGCGUCUGAGGAAGAACGACGCAAGAAGGAAGAAAAAGACGCACGGAAAGAAGCCAAGAAAAAGGACAAAGAGUCGAAGAAGGCGGAAAAGGCUGCUCGUAAAAGCAGCCUUUUCACCAUGAACUCCAACAAGAGUGCUGGUGACUCCGCAAGCAGCCUUAUGGAAAGGUCCAAGAGCAACCUUUCCCUGGGAGCAGAUGAUGAUUUAGUAUCGGGCAAAGGCAAAAGUGUCGAACGUAGCGGAGGCAUCCUGAUGGAACGGUCUCUGACCGACGAAGAUAAUCCGCGUCCAUCUCAGGCAUAUCUUCCGACAUUGUCGCUUUCUGGGACGAGUCAAGAAUCAUUGGCGUCUUCCAUCCCUGUCCCGUUAGCAGCCGAGCCAUUCCGUCGCUCCCAUCUGCGCCAAAUGUCUAAUGCGUCGUCUGCAUCAUCAUCGUUCGUCGAAUCUGGCCCGGCUACUUUUUCAGGAACUGGAACACCACCUCCAGGAAGUCUCGAGCCGAUGUUCAAUUUUCAAUCCCUUGCUGCUAUGAUCGGGGAGGAAGAGAAAGGAGACGGUAGUGCACAUGUGGAAAAUGCGGGAUCCGACAGGGACUCGUCCCCAAGUUCAUUUGAUGCGCCGGUGAAAGCACAAUCUUCUUCGAAGCUGACAAAAGCUGCAGUAAAUGAGGACUCGAGCUCUGAGGCGUCCUUGGAGCCAGAUUCGAGAACGAAUUCGGCUGAAGAUUCUCCAUUUAAACAAGCCGAAAUGAGGCUCGAGAACGCUGGAACGACCAGAGAAGUUUGA